AUGGCGAGGUGGAAUCGUCUAAUCACUUGGGGCCUUCUCAUAAUCUUCCUUCAAGUGGCUGUUGCUCAAGCCUUCGUGCCCGCGAGACGUCAAGAGAGCGGUACUACAACAACAGCCGUUGCCUCUUCUACUUUAUCACGAAGCGCACAUGAUGCUGAAACUACCACACCACCGGCCUCUUCAAUGAGGACAACGGCAGCCGCUACUACCGAGUCGCCUUCUGUUUCUGCCACGCUCUCUAGUCCUCCCAUCAUUCCAACGAGCGGCAGCACCUCAGGCAAUUCAAGCCUUGACAAUUCUACCAUAACGAAAGGAGAGCUACCUAUUGAGCCAAAGGUCACACCAGGUUGGGCCGUAGCUGGCGUCAUCUUGCUCUGCACUGGGGUCAUUUACAACUUGAUUGGCAUCAAGAACACAAUCUUGCACAAUGCCUUCUCCGUUGCGUACGUCGUCAGCUUGGGUAUCACAGUCUUGGUCGUUUACGUCAUGGUCAUCCCAGUGUCCAAUGGACCCCAAGGAGCGUACGUCGUCGCAGCAGUCCUACCGGCCGCUGCAGUUGGCGUCCUCGCUUCCUGGUUCUUCCAAGAAAUUACGGAAUGCCUCGGAUGUGCUCUCGGCGGGUUCUGCCUGUCAAUGUGGCUGCUUUGCCUUCAUGAGGGCGGCCUGCUCACGGGGAUUGGCAAAGUCAUUUUCAUCAUCGCCUUCUCCCUAGUGGGCUUCGCAUCGUACUUCACCCGAUGGACCCGGGAUUGGGCGCUCAUGUCUACAAUUGCCUUCAGUGGUGCCACGGCAACUGAGUUCUGGGCGUACAUCUGGGAUCUGAACGACAAGCUAUUUCCCCAAGACACCAACACAUACCCGCUGACCAAGGGCAUUCGCGUUGAGGUCGCAGCGAUAGUUAGGUUGUGGAACGUCAUCAAGGAUCGACGCACGAAGCGGGAAGAAGAGUUGGCCGAGGCUCAGCGUGCCCGUGAUGACGAAGAGGCCAACAUUGGAAGGGAGCUUGAGGCUCGCACCGCUUUGGAGCGACGAGCGUGGGAAAGAGUACACGGAGAUUACGUACCGGACAGCGAUGACCACGACUCCGGCUUUGCUCGUGACAGCGAGAACGAGAAGGCCAUUCGAUAUAGUCAGAGCACCGCUACCCCUCGAUCACGCGCCCCUCCCGUGGCAGAAAUGCAAGGAUCAGAUGUUCCUCCCACUGUUCCCCCAAAGCCAGCAUAUCCAGGUUUGAUGGUCUCCGAAAAGGAGAAGGAUGUCACUCACACAGGAGCCGUUGCUGCGGACAAGGCCAUUGGCCAGACGGAAGAAGUCCCCAAAGACACUAAUGCUGUCCAGAGCGUACAAGAGGUGGCACCAGUUCCUGAAGUGGUGCCUCUGCCAUUCAGAUUCCCAGAUGAGGAGGCUCUGGCCAGAGACAAGGAGGAACGAUCCACGAUUGCAACCUUUGCCGAUGAUGACGAGGAGCUCCAGGCAGGCGUCGGGAGCAAGCGGAGCUCCUUUCCGAAGCGUCUCUCCCAAAGCUCGGUACAGCUGAUGCGGAGAGUCUCUCAGCGGACAUCGAUGUCGCAUCGUAAAGAAGACGACGAUGAGGAGCUGGCGGUCCUUCAACGACCACGGGAUGACGACGCGGUUUCCCUUGCAGCCACCAUUGAUACUCGGAGCGACAGCGGCGCCGGAACUGUGAACGGUGAGCAUCGGCGCAGCAUCGAGAUCAACGCACGAUUUGCUGGAGAGCAACACGUUACCGACGGGGACUCUGUUAGACCGGUGUCAGCCAUGACAGCUGUCACUGACAUGCCAAUCCAGUCUCUGGCCAAGGAUGUCACUCCUGCUGCUGUUGAAGAGAGGGCACCGGAGAAGACCACCGUAGUUGGUGAUGUCGCCCAAGAAGACAGCUCACUCAAGCAGUCGGAGUCGGUCGGGGGUCAACAGCCUCCCGUUCCUUCUCAGCAAGCCAAGUCAACGGCCUCGCUCCAUUCCACGCCCCUGAAUCUCACCCACGAGCGUCUGCCGCCCAGCUUCUCCAACGUUGCGCUACACUAUCGCACAAACGAAUGGGCCAAGCACCUAAGCCACGCCGACGCACCAGAGCCUGAGACUUUGAAGAUUGGAGACGAUAGACCGCAGACCCGGGAGGCACCAGCUCCUGUGCACGUCGAGGAGCUUCAGCAGACCGCCUUAUCCGCCACGCCCGCGCCUGCACCAGCUCCUUCGAGGUCGCCCGCUCCCGUCGCGACACCUCCACCGGCCUUGACCCGACCCAAGUCAACUCAGUCGCCGGACCGCGGCCACUCAAGGAACAACUCCUACCAGUCACAUCGCCGUGCAUCAAGCAAGACGCAGUUCGAGCCUAUCGCCGAAGAAGAACAGCAGGCGCUCUCUCGAGCUGCAAGCACCAAGAGCGGCGCCUCUGGCAUCGCUCCCUCAGCAACAAGCCCAGCUGUCUUUGUUCCCCCGCCGCCACCGCCUGGCAUCAUGUCUUACGACAACCCUCAGAGCUUGAUCGCACAAAGAAGCGUCGCCCUGCGUAAUAAGACAUACGGAAUCUUGACUGGCGCCAACAACAACAUGCCCGAGAUCCCCGCCGCGCCCUACAGAACACACAGCGAAUCCGGCUCCAUGUACAACUACCCCAUCCACCCAUCGCAGAUGCCGCCGGCCUCUCUUGACGACCUCCCAUUGAGCCAGCGCAAGGAAAUCAUCCGCCGCCAGAGCAGCUUCGGCACGAUGCGAUCCUCCCUCGAAGGCUCCAGAUCAGCCAGCGGCUCCUACGUACCCAGCAUGUCCGCCGAGAACGUCGCCUUCGACUCCCACCAGCCCAUGCGCUACUCCAACGUCCCCUCGCAAGACGCCCGCGACGCCAGGCUCGCCAGCUUCCGGGACUCUGUCCGCGCCGAUCUGCGCGCCGGCACUGCGUCCCCCGCGCCCGCCGCCAACGGCCGCGACAUGACGCUGAGCAUGUACCGCUCGCCGAGCGCGUCGAAUUUGGCGGCCAGCCAGGCUGCCGCGCGCGAGGCCGAUGUGCAGAGAAAUAUUGAUCUGCAGCGGAGCUUCAUGAUGAGCCAGAAGGAGGCGGAGGCGAAGCGCAAGGAGAAGGCGAGGAUCGAUAAGGAGAGGUCGGAUCAGGCUUUCACGAGGAGCAUGCAGAGUGGGGAGAUGUUUGAGUUGCAUCGUGAGGCGAUGCGUAGGAUGCAGAACCAAGCUAGGAAUGCUUGAGGUGAUUGCAUGACUUUUGACACUUUGUCAUUCUUUCUUUACUUUCUCUUACACAAUAUUGGUAGAUACCCUGGUUUGGAAAAUAUGGUUACAUUACAG